AUGGAAGUGUUUGGAUCAUUCUAUCGAAAUCCAAUUCUACGUGAAUAUUUCAAUCCAAAUCAAUUUCAUAUAACAUCAUGGGUUCGUGAUCCUGUUGGUAUACAUCAUCCAUUUGUUUUUGAUUUUGAAAAAAAAUUUUUUGAUAAAACUUAUGCUUUUAAUAUUUAUACAUGGAUGAAUAAAUGGUGGUGGUUAAGUAUUGUUUAUUCAAUAAUAUAUGUUGGAUUAAUUUAUUAUGGUCGAUCAUUAAUGGAAAAACGUGAACGUUAUGAAUUACGAUUACCAUUAAUUUUAUGGAAUCUUUCAUUGGCUUUAUUUAGUAUAUUUGGUAUGAUACGCUGUGUGCCUGAAAUGAUUUAUGCAUUAGAUAAAGUAGGCUUACAAUAUACUAUUUGUAAUAAUAGUAAUAUUUAUGGCAUAACUGGAUUUUGGAUAACAAUAUUUUGUAUAUCAAAAGUUCCUGAACUUAUUGAUACAUUAUUUAUUGUAUUACGAAAACAAAAAUUAAUUUUUCUUCAUUGGUUUCAUCAUGCUACUGUUUUAAUUUAUGCAUGGUAUAGUUAUCAUGAUUGGACAGCUAGUGGACGAUGGUUUGUAUUUAUGAAUUAUAGUGUUCAUGCAAUGAUGUAUACAUAUUAUGCAUUUCGUGCUAUGAAAUAUCGCAUACCCAAAUGGAUGCAAGUAACUGUUACUGUAUUUCAAUUAUCACAAAUGGGUGUUGGAUGUUUUGUUAAUUAUAAAGCAUAUGUUUAUAAACAAAAUGGUGCAUCAUGUGCUGUUGCUUAUGCUAAUAUAUUCUGGUCAUUUGUUAUGUAUGCAAUUUAUUUUGGUUUAUUUCUUCAUUUCUUUUGUGUCUCGUAUUUAUCGAAGAAACCAACAAUAAAAGUAAAUGAUGAAAAUGAACGUAAAAAGAACAAAUAA